GUUAUUUUAAUAAUGUAUUAUUACAUUUUGACAUAGUAGACUAGUAGAAAUGAUAAUGAAGUCUGAUAACUAUUGAUUUUUAAAACACAUAACAAAAAUCUACAUAUACAUGGGGAAUCUGAUUUUUGCAGCCCCUCAAAGGUUGACCAUCCAGGCCUCCUCUUAUUUCCAUUUAUUCAUCCUGUAACUGUGCUAACAAGGCCACACAAUGCCUUAGCUAACAAGUCCACAAGCAAAUUCCGUCCUGGAAUUUAUUUUCUAAGCUUAGAGAAACCCAAACAACAAAACAAUAAAGAAACUUCAGUCACAAGUGUGCUUCAACAUCUCUACCCACACAGUUUUAGAGGUGUGCUUAAAUACAGACCAAAUGAUGCAUAAACCCACUGAUGGCUUUAAGUUAAAAAAUAUUAUUAUUAUUGUUGCUACAUUAAGGAGAUGCACCUCAGGAAAAACCAAAGGUCAGGUCAUCACAGGCAGCAGUCUCAAAAUGUUUUCCACAAAAUACAGUUUUAAUAGUCUUCCUCCAGACAAAGAACUUUCGACUGAUUUCCUAGCUUUACAAAUUUACCCAAUAUUCGGCCAAUUAGCAAGGAGCCGCGAGGUGUGCAUCCAAUGACCACAACUUAACUGGCCUAUUAAUAACUUAAUCUCAAAAUCUGGCCAAUUGUUGACCAAUAGCUUGUUCUAACGCACAGUGAUCACACUGUUUCACAUUACACACAAACACACACACAGGAUAGGCCUCUGGUCCUGUGUUGUUCCUUCCAUCUGGCCUUUGGGGCCUCUUUUCCAAGUCACUGAGACACAGAAAAUAAAUGAAGAGAAUAUAUGGACUGAAGUAAAAGUCACAUUAGUCUGGGACGACCCAUCUGACAUCACAGGUUUCUGAGGAGCCAUUGUGAAGCUCAGUGACAGUGGCUGAUAAAUAAGAGAUAUGACACUUUAACUAACCUCAGAUCAGCUGUAAAAUGAAGUACAAACAUAAAAAUGGUCAUAAUGUGGUUAAUUACCAUCUAAUACAGCCAAGGUUAAGAAAUCAAUAUUUAUGUUGUUGUGCCAGCACCCUAAAAUCAUGCAUGUGCUCUGAAAAUCAUCUCCUAUACUCAGCAUAAUGUCUCACUACAACACAACACUCAAUUAUGAAAGUAAAUGAGAUCCUUAGAAAUCAGAAAUGUUGAUUCUUGUUCACAAAAAUAUUUAUUUUUCCAUUUGCUAUCAACAGGAACCAAAGGACAAACAGGCAGCUUAUCAAUGUGCUAAGGUCACGUUUCACGUCAGUGUAUUCCUAGUGUUGUCUCAGCCAUGCCUUGUUUCUUCUGGACUACUAAAAGAAUUGUUGGCAAAACAAGAAAUGAUCCUUGACCAGCAAAACAGGAUUCUUGGAAUUCUGCAGACAUUUCACCAUCCAAAUAAUGAAAUCAACGAGAGCACCAUUCCUAAAGGCAAAGUCCCUGUUGAAACGAUUGAGGCUCUCAAGUGCCUGGAGGCAGAGUUGCACACAGACCCUGGCCUCAAGUCUAACCUGAUUUCCUACCUGGGAUUGAUCGGGGGUCUCAAUUUGAAGGACAUCGUUUGGAGAGUCAUGAAGUCAACAAUUUCAACCCAAGUUGCAAGACAGAUGAACUGGAGGGGUGUCAAUGACAAAAUCUCUCUCCAGCGGCUGGCUUUGAAGACCAUCAUCAUUGAUGCUGUUAGACGAAACCCAGUGACUGCCUUAGUCUCAGAUAAAGAUGUUGAAGUCAUGAUGGUUAAAUGGCUUCAUUUGGCUGGUGACAGGGAUGGUGGAAGAAAACAACGACAAAAAAAUGCUGAUGAAAAGAAAAGAGCUGAAGCUGACAGUUGAGCCAAAUUUAAACUCUUCAUUUCUUACAGUUACAUGACAUACUGUUCACAUGUUUUCGUACUGUUCACAUGUUUUUACACAGAAGUAUUUUGCAAACACACACACACACACACACCGAACAGCAUUUGAAUGGUUGCAUAUUUUUGUACUGUGAUAUUCUUACACUGAGCAUGAACUGCAUGCUUCUUUUGUACUGUUCUUAUGUUUUUGUACUGUUCACAUAUUUUUACAACGAAGUAUUCUGCACACACACACUGAACAGCAUUUGAUUGGUUGCAUAUUUGCAUACUGUUGUAUUUUUACACUAAGUAGUAUGAACUGUUUCAGAAUUGCAUUUGAUUGACAGCUUAUUUUUGUACUGUUAUAUUUUUACACACUGAACUGCAUUUGAUUUUGAAAUAUAACUUCGAAGGAAAACUUGUGUGUUUCUUUUUCAUGUAUGGAUGGUUAAAGUGAUCCAUAUACAGGGCAACUUAACCACUGCUCAUAUUGCACUAAAAUUAUUAUUAUUAUUUGGCGCCAGAUUUCACCUCUGUCAACCAUACAUGGGCCACAGUGAUUCAACAGAACUGAGCCACACAUGUAUUCCGUACCUAGCCCAGCUAUAAGCCACAUAAUUAUUUAUAUUUAGUUUACUCCUGGUAGAAAUCUGGUAUUGUUAUGGUUCAGUUAAGGCUACUGUACCCUAGGGCCAGAUGUGGCCCAUCAUUCACUCCAAAAGUAGGCCAGGUAAAAGGUUUGGUGUAAAUUAGUUUAGCUUCUGGGUAAAAUCUGGAUUUUGGUCUGUCAGCCACAUGUGGGCCACAUAAGAGCCAUUAGGCUUUACCAGAACUCAGCCAUACAGGCAUGCCCUAUGAGGCCCAGCUAUAAGCCAUAUGAACUCCUUUGCAGUUGGUACAGCUGUUGUAGAGGUCUGGCUAUGUUAUGGUUCAACACAGCUUUCAUAUACUUGGGCCAGAUGUGGGCCGUCAUUCACUUCCGUAAAUGGACCACAUCUUUGCUGUUCAUCUGGGCCAUAUCCAAUCCAAAGGAAAUUUGCUAUUAGUGGGUAAGACCUCGGCAUGAUCUCAUGGAGGUAGCUACCUCAUUUUGAUCAUGUUUUACAUUGUAAAGUAAAUAUUAAGUGGCUCC